UUUACCUUUCAAGCGAUGCCUUUUUCAAUUUCUUAAACCUCUAUGAUCUGAAAGUAACCAUCUUUACCCUUCACCAUUUUUGUUCAUCUUUUUCUUCUAUGGUUGGAGAUUGACCAGAACAUUCUACGACCCCGAUAAGAGUUAUCAUCCAUGAAGGUUUUUGGAGACAAAACUACUAUGACCAUCAUCGUCAAAUGCCGCUUCUGGUUCGUCGUCUUGGCCUCUUUUCUUCUCUGGUAUUUAUUGCUUUGCCUUUGUAAUUCUAAUUCAAGAAUUACAAAGGGCUCCAUUACAUUCAAAUUUGAUAGUAUUUUUGAGCCUAUACCCUUUUAUGAAAAUAGUACCUUGUUUGACAAACAAAUAGAGGACAUUAACAAUGUUCUCAGAACCAAAAACUGGGACAAACCCAGUAGUGCUUUUCACAUUAGUGAUAAUGGAUUUGAAGCCAUUGAUACUAUUUUGAUGCCUGAUAAUCAAUUAGCGCCAUCGGCUAUUGAAUCUCGAAGCAGAGAAAACAGAGUAGAGUUAGAUGCAAAACCUAUAAACGAUACCAAACGAGAGCGAGAAUCCAAUGAAGACUCAGAUACAUGUGCAGGCCGACAUAUCUACAUUCAUAAUCUUCCAAGAAGAUUCAACCAGGAUUUGUUGAAGAACUGUCGAACGCUUAGUAAUUGGACCAACAUGUGUGAGUUCACAUCAAACUCUGGUUUUGGUCCGCCUCUUUCAAAUUCCGGGAGAGUCUAUUCGAACAGAGGUUGGUAUACGACGAACCAGUUCUCAUUAGAGGUCAUAUUCCACAACAGGAUGAAGCAAUACGAGUGCUUGACAAACGACUCGUCGUUGGCGUCGGCAUUCUUCGUACCAUACUACGCUGGUCUCGAUGUUGCACGGUAUCUUUGGGGUUACAACAUUUCCAUUAGAGACUCUGACUCACUUGGGCUCGUGAAAUGGCUGAGACAGAAACCCGAGUGGAGAAAAAUGUCGGGCAGGGAUCAUUUUCUCGUCGCGGGAAGGAUAACUUGGGAUUUCAGGAGGCUAAGUGAUGAGGAAUUUGAUUGGGGGAACAAGUUUCUCUUCUUACCCGAGUCGAAAAACAUGACAAUUUUGACAAUAGAAUCAAGUCCUUGGCAUAACAACGACUUUGCCAUACCGUAUCCGACUUACUUUCACCCUUCAAAAGAUGGAGAAGUGUUUCAAUGGCAGAACAGAAUGAGGAGACAAAGAAGGCCUUUCCUGUUCUCCUUUGCCGGAGGCCAGAGGCCUAAUAUUCGAGAAUCGAUUCGCGGUGAGGUCAUCGAGCAAUGCAGGGUUUCUAGGAAGAAAUGCAAGCUGUUAGAAUGUCGUGAUGGAUCAAACAAGUGUCAAAAUCCAGAAUUCGUUAUGAAAAUGUUUCAAAGCUCUGUUUUUUGCUUGCAGCCUCCGGGGGAUUCGAGUACUCGAAGAUCGGCCUUCGAUUCCAUCUUGGCAGGGUGUAUUCCGGUCUUCUUUCAUCCGGGCUCGGCUUACAUUCAAUAUUUGUGGCAUUUGCCAAAAAGUUUUACCAACUAUUCUGCGUUUAUACCUGAUAUUGAUGUCAAAAAGAGGAAGGUCAGCAUUGAGAAGACUCUGCUUCGAAUACCCAAACAGAGAGUUGCAGCAAUGAGAGAAGAAGUUAUAAGAUUGAUACCAAAAGUGAUAUAUGCUGGUUCGAAAUUGAAGAAUCUUGAUGAUGCCUUUGAUAUCUCAAUCAAAGGAGUUGUUGAAAAAGUGAGUAGAUUAAGGAGAGAAAUGGAGGAGGGUAAGGAUUCCAGUUUGGAUUAUGCAGAAGAAGUGUCUUGGAAAUACAACUUUUUUGGGACAGUUGAAGAUCAUGAAUGGGAUCGUUACUUUGAAAAAACAUAGCUGAAUGUUAAUUGGUUUAGACUAUAGAGGAAAACAUAGGAGGGAAUAUUUUUGUAGUUGUUGUUGUAAGCAGCCAGUUAAACUAGUAGAGUCAAUGUUUCUACUAUGAAUAUUUUCGUUUUUUUGUUUA